CUCAAUGGAUACUUUAGCACUAGUGCGUAAUAUUAUGGGCAGUUGUCAGGAGGCAGAAGAUACGAGAAAGCCGUGGUGGGCGUUUUUGUUCUACUUCAACAAUUUAUUCGUUACUCGUGUCAGUGGCGUGAAACAUCUGAAAAACAGUGCGUUAUAGACCUGACUUCCUGUCUGAACUUGGGCAAGUCAGUUCCUUAAAAAAGUGAGAAGUCUGUACUGAUAAACUCUUUGAAUUCUACACUUGGGGGAUUGAACACCUCGGGGUGACAGAUCAGGAGUUUAAUGUGAGGAUCACUGGGAAUUUGACCCACUCACUGGUGUAGCUGCAGCUUCUCAGCGAUCAGGAUGAAGAUCAUAUGUUUGACAGCAGCGGUGGUCUGGUUUCUGACCUCUCUCGGAUCUUCUUAUCCUUCUCACGAUCAUGUGGACAUGGCUGACCUGGCCAUGGUGGGUGCAAACACGCUGGAUCGAUUUAAAAUGCACUUCGGCUGGCGCAAUAUCAGCUGUGCGGUGUGCAAAACUCUCUUCACCGUGGUGGACAUUGCUCUUUUGAGUGACUCGAACAUGGAGCACGUGGCUCGUGCAGUAGAAGAAGCCUGUGUUCGUUUGCGCUUGGCAGAGGAAAAUGUGUGCCGGGAUAUUACCGAGCUCUUCCGUGACGACUUCAUUCGGGCCCUUCAGGAAUCUCUUCUCUGGCCCUCAGAGGUCUGUGCCUUACUCAUGGGACCCUCAUGUGGUCAUUUUGACAUCUACGCCCCAUGGAACAUCACCCUGCCCAAUGUCCCUAAACCUCCAGUGGUUCCUCUGCAGCCCCCCAAACCUGGUUCACCCCAAACCAGGGUCCUCUUCCUCACUGACAUCCACUGGGAUGCCGAGUACUCAGAAGGCAGUGCAGCUGACUGCAAACAGCCUUUAUGCUGCAGGAACGAGUCUGGUAGAGCCAACUGGAGGCACCGUGCUGCAGGUCACUGGGGUACCUACAGCAAGUGUGAUCUUCCAUUACGUACAGUAGAAAACCUCCUAAAAAAUGUAGCCAAGGCAGGACCCUGGGAUUGGGUCUACUGGACUGGAGACAUCCCUGCACAUAAUGUGUGGUCCCAAACGAGGGCAGAGCAGCUAAAUGAGCUGACCACCAUCUCCAGGCUCAUCAGAAAGUACCUUGGAUCUGACAUUACAGUGUACCCAGCUGUGGGCAACCACGAGAGCACACCGGUCAACAGCUUUCCUCCUCCUUUUGUGCAUGGGAAUCGCUCCUCCCAAUGGCUGUAUAACACCAUGGCAGAAGAAUGGGGUCCCUGGCUGCCUGCUCAAGCUUUGGAGACUUUGCGGCGAGGAGGUUUCUACGUGGCCCAGGUGCAGCCCGGUCUAAGGGUGGUGUCUCUAAAUAUGAACUUCUGUGCGAGGGAGAACUACUGGCUGAUGGUGAACUCCACAGACCCUGCAGAUCAGCUCCAGUGGCUCGUACACAUCCUGCAGAAGGCUGAAAAUGAUGGAGAAAAGGUGCAUAUUAUUGGCCACAUCCCCCCUGGGAACUGUCUUAGCAGCUGGAGCUGGAACUACUAUCACAUAGUCAACAGAUAUGAGAGCACAAUAACCGGGCAGUUUUUUGGACACACACACUUUGAUGAAUUUCAGGUGUUUUAUGAUGAAGAGACGAUGACUCGUGCAGUGGGCGUGGCCUACAUUGCUCCAAGUGUAACGACUUAUAUUAACCUCAAUCCAGGUUACCGUGUAUAUUAUAUUGAUGGAAACUACACAGGCAGCAGUCGUCUAGUUCUGGAUCAUGAGACUUUUAUCCUCAACCUUACCUUAGCAAAUGGUUUUCAAGAUAACUCUUCAUGGAUGCACAAACCUGACCCGGACCCAGCAUGGACAUUGCUCUACCGGGCCUCUGAAUCUUACGGGGUUUCACCUCUUUUCCCCGCUGACUGGGACGCUCUAACCCGAGCCUUCUUUAAAGAUGACAGUGUCUUUCAGCAAUUCUGGUACUUUAUGCACAAAGGCCAUGUGUCUGAAUACUGCAAAGAAGUGUGUAAACGCACCGUGAUCUGCUACCUGCGCAGUGGCCGUUAUGACCUCCAGGAACAGUGCGAUCGCAUCGAUGGAGUCAAGAAGCCGAGAGGACGUUCUUUCAGAAAGACGCUAUGCUAAUCACCCAAAUGACGAUAAAGUUACAUAUUCCACAGCUAGCGUAAACAAGGAAACCAGGGAAAUGUCUGUGCUUUGAAAAAUGCCAAUUUCUAUUAGCAAUGUUAUCAGGGUCUGGAAUUUGAGAUUAUCUAAAGAUUAGUCUGUGCGAAAUCACAUACAAUUUUACAAUUACUUUAUUAAUGCUUGGCACUGACAACAAAAUGAGGCUAAAAUUCAACAUGCAUUUGGAUGAAAUCCACUGUAGUUACUGUGAUGGAGAUGUUUUUCUGGUUAGCUUAUAUUAGUAGUUAGUCGCCGGGCUGUGCAGCGAUGAAAGGACCUUAAAAUCCAUUGCAUUAAAUUAUGGAACUAAAAUGCAGACUUGGUCAUUCCAAAAUCUCAGAUGAUAUGUGUUGUGCUGUCAAAACUGCACUUUAUCUAUCUUUGUAGACUUCCUACUUGUUUCACUAUGGUGUGGAGUGAUAUGAUUGGUCCUCACCACCUCCGUUUAUCACUGCUUCCAUUAUAUUUAAUACAACUGAUUUUCAUGUCAAACCAUUGAUUCAAAUCUAUAGUUUCAACAUUUUAUAGUACACAGUUUGGAUAUUGCACAACAGUGGAAAGUUAUGAAGAAACUUGUAAAGCCAUGUAUAAGUUAGUUGACCUCUCCAUGGCCUUCAUUUCCCAUAAUGUAGCACAUGAAAUUAAAGAUAAAAUCUUUUCUGUAACUGAGAAUGUUGUUUGGUUUAGAAUGUAUAGAUAUGAAAUUUGAUUGUUGAUUUAACUGGUGUAAAUGUUGAAUGAAGGAGUAAAUUAUUCCACAAUCCAA